AGUGUGAGUGAGUGUGUGUGUGCAUUUUUGUGUGUGUGCGCGUGUGUGUGGGUGCACAAUGUGUGCAUGCGUUCAUGUGUAGGCGUUUUUGUCUCUCUACCUCUUUGACUGUUUGUGGUCACAUUCAUACCGUAGCACCACAGUGUUGCGUAACUCCACUGACAGCGCCCCAAGUGGAUAAGAGCCUUUUCUGCAGUGUUUUUCGGGUUGGUGUAUUGCAGCUGAAAGCACUGCUGUGUUUUUCCCAAUCUGGAGUAAAACACUGAUUGUGCUUCUGUGACGUGCGGAUCCAGAGAGUGUGUUCUCUGCCAGGUUCUUGAUAACAGCAGGCGAGCAGGCCCAGCCUUUGAAUGAAACUGGUGGGAUCAUCCCACCCCUCCUUAUUCUCCUGGUGACUUCCUGUUUUGGUCCCCACUCCACAAUGCAGCCGGGAAGGCCGCGGUGUUCCGACAAGCAGGAGUGAAUUCUGCUGGCUUGUCAGAGCUUGCUGCUGUCUGAGGUCUGGCAAGAACGCGAGAGUGAGAGAAAGAUCGAAUUUGGGAGAAACAGCAGGAGAGUAGACGGAGAGCGCGAGAGAUUGAGAGAGAGCCAGAGAAAGAAAGAGACCGAGUGAGAGGGGCUCAGUGUGAGACGGUCCUCAAGAUGUCCCUGGAACCGAGUGAGACUUGAGCAGCGGAAAGGGACAUACUGGACAGUGGUGCAGAAAUGUCAGAUUAGGGACAUUUUGUGCCGUCUCGCUGGGACGCCUGUGGACAGAGACGCCAUGCCAGCCAAGGGGAAGUACCUGCUGAAUGAGCAGGAGGUGAAGGAGGAGGCUCUCUUCCACAGGUUCUCCUGCAUCAGCCAGUACCAGCUGCUGGUGAUGCUUCUGGGCCUGGUCAUCAUCGGCUGCGCCUCUCUCCUCAUCCUCUUCUUCUCUCUCCAGCUGAGCGCAGUGGACCACAGUGUGUUUGUGGGCGUGGUGAGCUGUGGGCUCGGUGUGUUGCUUGCCCUGUUCAUGCUGCUCUGUACAGAAUGGCUGUCAUGGCGCUGGAUGGUGGUACUGGGCGUGGUGGUGUGGGCCACUCUCAUUACUAUGGGCUUCACGUUCAUCUUCAGCGGAGAUGUCAUCUGUGCCUGGGACCAGGUUCCGUUCUUCCUCUUCAUCAUCUUCACAGUGUACACCAUGAUGCCGUUCCAGAUGAGCUAUGCUGUGCUCCUGAGCAUCGUCUCCUCUCUGUCUCACGUCGUGGUCCUCACCGUGCACCUCACCGUCUUCAGCCAGACCCCCAAUGUUCUAGUGGCCAACCAGCUGCUGUCCAAUACCAUGGUGUUCCUGUGUGGCACCGUGGUUGGGGCUUUUCACAAGGUCCUCAUGGAGAGAGCUCUGAGGCAGACAUUCCAGGACACCCUCCGCUGUCUGGGAAUCCGCAUGAAACUGGAGAUGGAGAAGAGGCAACAGGAGAACCUACUGCAGUCCGUGUUGCCAGUUUACAUCUCGAUGAAGAUGAAGCUGGCCAUCAUGGAGAGGCUGCAGGACUGCAAGGACAAGGAGGAGCAGCAGCGGCUGGUCAAGGACAACAACUUCCACAGUCUCUAUGUCAAGAGACACCAGAACGUCAGCAUCCUGUAUGCUGACAUUGUGGGAUUCACCCGACUGGCCAGUGACUGCUCUCCCAAGGAGCUGGUCAUCAUGCUUAAUGAGCUGUUCGGGAAGUUUGAUCAGAUCGCCAAGGAGAAUGAAUGCAUGAGAAUAAAGAUUUUAGGAGACUGUUACUACUGCGUCUCUGGCUUGCCCGUCUCCUUACCCAAACACGCCAAGAACUGUGUGAGGAUGGGCCUGGACAUGUGUGAGGCCAUCAAACAGGUGCGAGAUGCUACGGGUGUGGACAUAAACAUGAGAGUGGGCGUACAUUCCGGCAAUGUGCUGUGUGGUGUGAUUGGCCUACGUAAAUGGCAGUUUGAUGUGUGGUCACAUGACGUCACCUUGGCCAAUCACAUGGAGUCAGGUGGCUUACCCGGGCGGGUCCACAUCUCAGAAGCCACACUUAAACAUCUUAACAACACAUACGAGGUAGAGGCGGGUGACGGCCAUCUCAGAGACCUCUACCUCAAGGAGCAUAAUGUCAAGACAUACCUGGUCAUAGACCCACGGUCCAGGGAAAAGGAGCUGAAUAACAGCAAUCUGCCCAAACUGCGGGCGAAUGAGGGGCUGAAGAUGCGGGCUUCUGUGCGGAUGACGCGCUACCUGGAGUCUUGGGGGGCCGUCAAGCCCUUCGCCCACCUGUACUGGCGGGAGAACUACAUCAGCAACCCCUUGAUCUACGGCAGGACCCACACCAAGGACAUACCGCUUCAGUCUGCCCCUCCCUCCACGGAUCCUGACAGUUCCUCGCUCCAGAGAAUGCAGAGGUCCCAGAGGAGAAAGUUUGAUGAAGAGCUACACAAUGAGAUGGCCCUGACCAUCGAUGAACUAAGCUCCAGCAAGCAGUGGGAAAAGUCAGAGGAGAUCAGCAGCCUCACUCUGUGGUUUACUAAAAAGCAGCUGGAGGAGCAGUACCGGGCCAUUGACAUUCCCAGCUUCAAGUACUACGUCGCCUGUGCGAUUUUUAUAUUCUUCUGCAUCUUCAUGGUCCAGAUCUUUGUGACAAAAGAGCCCCGGAAGCUGACCCUGUGCUUUGGAGUGCUGGCAUGCGUCCUCGUGGUGAUCAUGUGCAUCAGUUUUGCGAGUCAUGUCCAGGGCUACUUUCCAGGGAAGCUGAAGUGGUGCCAGUGGCUGCCCGCGGUGACCAGCGCAGUGGAGAAGAGGCCAUGUCUGCGUCUCUCUCUGGCCAUACUCUCCACUGCCACCAUCCUCAUCCUCGCUGUUUUCAACCUGUGCUGUAUCCGCAGCCCGGCUCAAUGCCAGCUCAAUGUCACGUCUCACCUCACACGCAGCAACGGCAGCCAGCUACCAGACUCAGAUGGGGGGAUGUCCUACCUGCCGUACUCGGUGUACAGCUGUAUCCUUGCUCUCAUUGCAUGUGGAGUGUUCCUGAGAAUCAGCUUCGAGCUCAAACUGGCCUUCCUCAUCCUGGGUUCAACAGCCUACUACGUCAUCAUCCUCAACUCGGAGCGGAACCUUUUCCAGUGCUAUGGUCACAUUCUCUACUCCCAGCUCAAUAAUAGCAGUAGUGGGUUGCCAGAGCAGGUUCUCUUCCGGGCAGGGCUCAUGAAAGACCCCCAGGUAAUGAGCUGCAUAUACAUCACCCUGUUCCUGGUUACCACACUCAUCAUCAUACGACAGAACGAGUACUGCUGUCGCAUGGAGUUCUUACUAAAGAACAAGAACCACACAGAGCAGGACGAGAUCGAGAUCCGCGAGAACCUGAACCGGCUCCUGCUGGAGAAUGUGCUGCCGGCCCACGUGGCUGCGCUGUUUGUCGGGGAGAGCAAAAAGAACGAGGUGCGGCUCCUCCCGAAAGCAAUGCUUGCCAAGAAGGAGAAGGAUCUGUAUUACAAGUCGUACAACUGUGUGUGCGUCAUGUUUGCAUCGGUCCCAGACUUCAAAGAGUUCUACACGGAGUGUGACAUCAACAAGGAGGGCCUCGAGUGUCUGAGGCUGCUCAACGAGAUUAUCGCCGACUUCGAUGAGCUCUUAUCCAAGCCCAAGUUCAGCAGCGUGGAGAAGAUUAAAACCAUCGGCAGCACCUAUAUGGCUGCCACGGGGCUUAGUGGAAGCCCAGGACAGGAGAACAAGGACUCAGACAGACAGCGAGCCCAGGCAGGCACCAUGGUGGAGUUUGCUGUCGCUCUGAUGGCCAAGCUGGACGGAAUCAACAGGCACUCCUUCAACAGCUUCCGGCUGCGUGUGGGUAUUAACCAUGGGUCAGUGAUCGCUGGGGUGAUUGGGGCCAGGAAGCCGCAGUAUGAUAUCUGGGGCAACACCGUCAACAUGGCCAGUAGGAUGGAGAGCACCGGAGAACUUGGGAAGAUCCAGGUGACGGAGGAGACCGCCCAUGUGCUGCGGUGGCUGGGGUACUCCUGUGAGUGCCGGGGCCUGAUCAGCGUGAAGGGGAAGGGAGAGCUCACCACCUUCUUUGUAUGCACAGACACCAGCAAGUCACAGGGCAUGGCGCUAAGCUGAGACUGCACACUCACACAAGCAUAUCUGCAGAAACUGACGCUGAAGGAAACUUGAUACAUUGGAGGAGACCCCUCUGGCAGCAUGGAAGCCUAAAGAUAAACUAUUUCAUCUGAAAUACUCAUUAGUCAAACUUUUGAAUUUUAAGAACUCCAUUUCCUCUUUCCUCCCAAUUGUGAAAAAGCCAUUAAGAUUUGUGCUUUUUGUCUGUCUCAUUACUGCACUGUCCUCUGUUAAUUAACUGUGCCAGAAAGCAUACACUAAGUGUGUUUUUCAGCCAACACUGAACCAGCUCAAAUCUGAGCUGUGGACAGAGGAAUACUCCUUGUGUGCAGGAUACAGGCAGACUGCAGGUACCUGACGGACCAGAGGAGUUGCUCUUUCUGGAUGACACUGGACAAUUAUGGGAACUAAAUCCCACCCUUCAUGGGUUCCUCCACAGUCAGCGCUGCCAGUCAGCAUUUUGUACCUGAUUAACCAGUGCUUUAGCAAGUCACUCAGAAACAUCCGGAAGGCUAUGCGAUUACAGGUUCUGAAUACAUAAAACACUGAUGUUGCAUGUGCACUGCUUCAUUGGAAGGUCCAUUUGCCUGUUGCACUUUAAUGGACUGCAAGCUUAACUAACUGUAUCUGCUGUCCAUGAAGACAUCACUGGGCAGCAUUUGCUUUUUUUUUUUUUUUAUCUUCUUGUAAGUUUACAAGUCAGUGCUGAUUACACCAUGUUUUCCCUUCAUGAUUUUACUGUUCUGGGACAUUGCUUUUGUAUCAAACAAAAUUGUUUAAAUAUGAACGCCAAAUAUUCUGUCUGAAAAAUGUUCAUUUUGAUUUAUUGCCUUGUAACAUUUACAUGUACAGUAUGUGUUAACGUUUCCUUAUCUGCAGCAAUUGCUCUUUCUUUCCUAAAUACUGAUUAAGUAUUUCAACAAUAAAUGGGAGUACAUUUUCGUAAGUGAUUUAACCCUUUCCAAAGAACUUAAUUAAAGAGUGUACCUUUCAGAAA